AUGUUAUUAGAUAUGUCACGAGAUGAUUGCAAGAGAGUUUUAAGACGGCUGGAAUUAGAAGGUUACUCGGCCGUACUGUCAGCUUUCAGAGCUCAGGGAGAUCUAACAAAGGAAAAGAAGAAAAUUUUGCAAGAUUUACAGAAUAUUUUGAGCAUUUCUACUGAGCGACAUCGUGCUGAAGUCAGACGAGCUGUCAAUGAUGAGAAAUUUGCGACAAUUGCUCACAAUAUAUCUGGUGCCAAUACGACAUCAGAAUGGCUGAUAGAAGGAAGACGUUUAAUUCCACUGAUGCCAAGAUUGGUGCCACAGACAGCUUUCACUGAUGCUGCUAAUAGGGUGGCUAACGCUCAGGCUGAGAAGAAUGCCAUGUUACCUGCUCCUAAGAACACUGCUGGACGCGAUGGUAAGUAA